AUGAGUAACGGCCAGGAUUUAUCCAAUUUGAAUAACCAAUUUGCAGGCCAGUCGAUUGGCGAUUCCCAAAGCUCAGAGUCUGCUCAAUCCUCCCAGUCUCAACAACAGAGACGUUUCAAUCCAAAUCAGGCUCAAGCCUUCACUCCUGGUGGUUAUGGCAGUGGAUAUAGUUACCAACCAUAUGCUCAACAACCACAGUCUGGAUAUUACCAACAAUCACAGCAACAACAGCCUUACUAUAACCAACAGUACUACAGUAAGCAAAACAACUAUCAACAAGCCGGUUAUAACAGAAACUAUAAUAACAAAUAUUCAAAUCCCAACAACAACAACUAUAAUAAUUACAACAAUAACUAUAAAAACAGCUAUAACAAUUACAAUAAUCAACAACCACAACUACAACAGCAAGUGCAACAAUCACCACAGCAAGCACCACUCAUUUUGAAACUUGAAGAUCCUGCUCCCAAAACUAAUAUUGAACAAACCAAAGAUCAAAAAAUUGAGAAAAAUGUCAUUUCUCUCAAAACUGAAAAGAAACCUGUGCUUGUUCUUAAAGCCGAAAAGAGUCCUGUAGUUGUUCUCAAAACUGACAAAAAACCUGAUCCUCCACUAUCAAAAAAGCUGUAG